CUGUCAGAAUAGAUCGACGGGCCAGCGAACAGUUCAGAUUGGUAUUUCUCUGUUAUAUAUCAGCUGUCUUCCAGGUUUUUAUAUGAGCGGUCUGGUUUUUCAUCUUCUUCCACUGCCACCGUCACCAAGAUACAACCACUAAAUAUACAGCUAUUUACCACCGAAUUGUAUCCGAAUUUGACUGGAUCAUGGAUUAAUGUGUUCUAACUGCUUCCACCGUCUCUUUUGAGCUCUUCUGCUACACAACGUGCUAUACACAGCGUAUAUCUCUCUGUAUACCGACUCCGGCCAAUCCGCACAAUUCCACCGCCUUCGUCCCGAUUCGAUCGAAAAAAAGAAGAAAAAAAAAAAGUUUCCAAUGGUUCUCCCUCACUUCUUCUCACGAGACAAAUUCAAGACCAAAGAUAAGGGAAAAGAAGAGAAGAAGAGCAAGAGCAAACCCAAGCACACUGUUAUCCCUCCGGUUAAUCCCAUUAAACAACCUUCCUCCCCUCCACCGGUGAAUCAUAUCCAACGCAAACCCCAUCCUCAGCAGCCUACACCACAGGCUUCAGCUCCUCCACAACCACAACCUCAGUCUCACCCGCAAUCUCGUCCUCCUCCAUACUCUCCUCCGCCACCACCUCCGAAAUCCUUUGAUAGAGCGACCAGUCUUCGUACCUCGUCUCGCCACCCUCCGUCUUCUACCUCUGGUACGACUGCGACUGCGACUGCGGAACCUGAAAUACCUCCGCCGCCGCCGCUACAUCGUCUUCCUCCCAGGCACAAGACUGUCUCUCACCACGCUCACUCGCGUUCUCAUAACUCCGCCAUCCCAGUCUCUCCUUCGUCCGCUACUCCCUCGCCGGCGUCUUCCCCUCCUACGUCGACAUCGACGACAACCUCUCCUCCCCACCAUAGGUCGUCGCCUACUAAACCUACUGCCACAUCUCGCUCUCAAUCCCUACACGCGCAUAGUCGCUCUUCCUCAUACCCACCUAAAAAAGCUCCUCCUCCUUCCUUUUCAUCCUCGAGGUUCAGCUUUUCGCCUCGGUCCUCGGCUUCCAAUCGCCACUCCAAACACCAGGAUACUCACCCGUUGAACCUCCCACCUGACGAGCUCCGUCGUUUGUCGGCUAUGGCUGCUGCCCGCGACGAAUCUGUAAACGCAAUGGACAUUGACAACAAGAACGGGGCCAAUGGCUCCGCAGAGAAGAGCCCUACUCCUCCGCCGCACCGCUCUGGUGGUGAGGCGGAAGCAUUCAAAUUGGCUGGAAACAAGUUCUUCAAGGAGAAGAACUAUAGCCGUUCCGUUGAGGAAUUCACCAAGGCCCUUGAAAUUGAACCCAAUUCUCCCGUUUUCCUUUCGAAUCGUGCUGCUGCUUACAUGGCAGCAAACCGUUUCCUCGAGGCGCUGGAAGACGCUGAGCGUGCCAAGCAGUUAGAUCCGGCAAACGCCAAGGUCAUGUACCGUAUGGCUCGUAUCUUGACCAGCUUGGGUCGUCCCGUUGAGUCUUUAAAUGUCCUUUCUCAAAUCCAACCCCCUGCCUCGGCUGCCGACCGUGCACCCGCAGAGAAGAUGCUGCGUUUCAUCAACCAGGCCGAAGAGAUCCUCACUCAGGACCGUGGGGUAUCUAUGAUGGUUUUCUGUCUCGACCAAGCCCGCCAGAUGCUCGGUGCCGGUGUCAAGGAGCCCCGGAAGUGGACCUUGCUCACCGCAGAGGCACAGCUGAAGAUGGCCAACGACAACGCAUAUGGCAAGGCACAGGACAUUGCCAUCAACAUGCUCCGGGAGAACAACCAGGACCCCGAUGCUCUGCUCAUCCGCGCCCGGGCAUUCUACGGCAUGGGUGACACCGACCAGGCUCUCAAAUACCUCAAGAUCUGUCUGGGUUUGGAUCCCGACAUGAAGAAGGCUAUGGUUAUGCUGCGUAUGGUGCAGAAACUGACCCGGACAAAGGAAGAAGGAAACGCCGCCUUCAAGGCCAAGGACUACCGCAAGGCCAUUGAUCUCUGGUCGCAAGCCCUGUCCGUUGACUCGAAGAACAAGGACGUCAACUCUAAGAUCUUGCAGAACCGUGCUCAGGCAUACAUCAACUUGAAGGAUUAUGACAGCGCCGUCAAUGACUGCAACGAAGCCCUGCGGCUCGACCCCGGGUACACCAAGGCCCAGAAGAUGCGUGCCAAGGCUCACGGUGCCUCUGGUAACUGGGAGAAGGCUCUCCAGGACUACAAGUCUGUUGCGGAAGUCAACCCGGGAGAGAAGGGCAUUCACGAGGAGAUCCGUCGUGCUGAGCUCGAGCUCAAGAAGUCGCAGCGCAAGGACUACUACAAGAUCCUUGGUAUUGAGAAGGAUGCCUCGGAACAGGACAUCAAGAAGGCCUACCGUAAGCUGGCCGUCAAGUACCACCCUGACAAGAACCGUGACGGUGAGGCCGGUGAUGAGAAGUUUAAGGAGAUUGGCGAAGCCUACGAAACCUUGAGCGAUUCUCAGUAUGUUUUUUUUUACCCCGCCUUAUCUUUUGAUUCAACUUGCUAACACUCUUCUACAGAAAACGUGCUUCCUACGACAACGGUGACGACCUUAUCGACCCUGCUGACAUGUUCGGUGGUGGCAUGGGCGGUGGCAUGGGCGGUAUGGGAGGGAUGGGAGGGAUGGGAGGGAUGGGAGGAAUGGGUGGUAUGGGCGGCGGUGGUACCCAUAUCAAUAUCGAUCCCAACAUCCUGUUCAACAUGAUGAACGGUGGUGGCGGCGGUGGAUUCGCUGGCGGCGGAUUCAG